AUGGAAGACGGCUUUAGUCUUGUCGUCCAGCCAGGACAGAGAGAAAACAUAUUUCUGACGCGGCUGACCAGUACUUCCUAUUGCACGGUGAUGUAUGAUACAGGAUCGACAGACCUAGUCCUACCAAUGAGGUACUGCGUGGACUGGGGCAGUCAUACCCUCUUUGAACCCGCCGGAUCUCGAACCUUCUCCCGGAUAUCCGAUGUGAAGCUCGUGGGGUUAACAGCGCUGUCAAUUGCACGGUCAACAGUGACACCGUCCGUCUCCGGGAACUCACCUCAUCGAGACGUUGAAUCGUCUUCUGCACCAAUUUUCCAGAGGCGUUCCGAGAUACACCCAUGGAAGGCAUCAUGGGGAUGGGAGUUGCUCCACGGUCUACCGAUGAUGGGAUUCCUACAUUCUGGUCGUUGUAUCAUAGCGGAAAGCUGGCCCGAGCCUGUUUGUCCCUUCUGCUUCGUCCCGGGCUCAGAGUACCGGGCUGAGCUGACCCUGGGUGGAGUGGAUAAGUCCAAAUUCAUUGGUGUUCUUAUCUGGACCGACCUCAAUCGCAAUGCGAACAUUCUCUCUGAGGCCUACACUUUGGCUUCCACGGGGAUCGCGGGUGGUCCGCCUGCACUGUUUGUUGCUGGACUGACUGCUCUUGGUACAGGAACAGCGAUCCUCCAGAUUCCUGAUAAAGAGUUAACGGAGGAUCUCUACAGGCAAAUUUUGCCGUUCAUUACGAUGAUCGACUCAGCUGGUGCGUGGGGGGCUCCAUGCCCUCUGCUGGAUGCGGUCGCUCCGGAGCUGACCUUCACCAUCGGCACAGAUAGCCAAAGUAUCACCCUCCCUCGAAAUUUGCUCAACUUAGGCGAGUAUCCGGGGCAGCCAGAAAACUGUCAAGCAGUUUUAACAGCCCCACGGAGCCCCUUGAGGAUCCGAUGGGAGAAGGGCGCGCCGUGUGGCUGGUGGGAUCUCCCUUGCUCAAAGCAUACUAUACCGCGUGGACCGGCCUGGACCUUUGGGUGGGAUUCGCCACACUGGUGGUACCUUUCAUGUCCUAGAUGACUCCUUGGAUAUGUUGGAUAUGUCGAUUAAAGUAUGAUUACCAAGAUGCUUUAGGUUGAGGAUACAAAAUGACCUUUCGGGUAUACACCUGUAUUCUGGAAUCCACUAUGGAUUGCGCGUUGGUAUAUUCUGGACAGGAAGGAGGCUGCACGAACGAGCUGCAAACGAGAAGCAGGAUGACUAUGAAUAGAUAUUCGCCGUGGGAAGUUGCAUCACUUCGCGAGAUUCAAAAAAGCUAG